AGCCCUCUCCUGUUACUACACCUCCUAACCUUCGCAAUCACUCUUCCCCUUCUUUUAACAGCAUGAAUAAUUCUUUCAACGGAGAAUCAACCGAAAUUGAGAAAGAGUCAAUUGAAGCCUCUCCAUCUGAAAGUUCGAAAGAAAGACGAAUACUAGACGAAAAAAAUCACAGAAGAAAACUGGACUUUCGUAUACUCUCAAAGAUAGAUGAUGUAAAUACGGAAUUUUUAUUCGGCGAAAUUAAACCUCCAAACAAUUCAACUUCUAUAAACAAAAGUUCUUUAGAUCUUAUUAUUUAUAGUUAUGGUUACGUUGACGGUCUGGAAACAUUUGGAGUAUUGAUUUAUA